AUGUGGCGACGAGGGUUAAACGUGAUCAACGUUCAAACGCUUCAAUCCUCCACUAAGAGGGAAUACAGUACUGUUGGCGGAGUAGCAGAUAGUCAAGGGAGAAGGGCGAACAAAGGCCAGAACCUAUUGAUAACGCAACUCUUACAAUUGUUUAAACAGAACUCCGACACUCGACAGUACUUGAAGUACUACGGUAGCGCGGGGAAGGAUCGAUUCGCAAUUAUCAGAGUGAGCGGAGAUGUGCUACACAACCGAGAUCACCUUUACCAGACGGCGGCGUCCUUAUCCUUUCUACACCGUGUUGGGCUUCGGCCCAUAGUGGUACACGGUGCGGGCAUAUACUCUGGUCGCUGUAGCGAUGCAUUGUCAAAGAUUGUCAAUGCGGAGACUUCCAUAGAGGAAUCGGAACCUGGGCAAAGCGAGAGAGAUAUGUUACAUGUCGAUGAAAGCAAACAGUUGAAGGCUUCUGAGGCAGCUGUUGAGUAUAUGGAGAAGGCUAAUGCUGCGCUCGUCGAAACGCUAAGUAAAGAAUUCGAUAUCGGGGCUGUACCGCUAAUAGACACUGUUUACAGGGCGAAGACUAUGGAUAAUUAUUCUGGUCCGAAAGUUUGGGAACGUCUGGCCGGGAGUAUAUUGAGUGUGAACAAUACGGUCAUAGAAUCAGCAUUCCGACAGGGCCUGAUUCCGAUAGUUUCGAGUUUAGGGUGGGGAGUGGACUGUCAUCGCCUUCUUUCGUUCAGUACUCAGGAAGCAACUAGUGCUCUUGCAAAGGCCUUUUCGCCUCUUAAGGUCAUUAUGCUGCGACCAGAGGGAUGUCUUAGAGAUGAGGACGGGAAUAGGUUCAAGUAUAUCAAUCUUGCCCGUGAUCUGCUUCCUUUGAGUAGAAACGAGCCCACAGAGAACGUAAUAUCAGGUGUUCGACUUCUGGAAGGAGACCGUAAUGACUUCAAUGAUGCAGCGAAUACGUUCAGUUCCCUCGAUGUCGGCGCUACGCUGGCUAUCACAACACCAGCACUUCUCUCGCAAGAGCUGUUCACGCAUCAAGGCGCAGGCACUCUGAUAGUCCGCGGUGACAAGAUCACCAGGAUCACUGAUCUCAACAGCCCGCUGGUUGAUCUGCCCGCUGUGAAGGCAGUCUUGGAAGGCUCCUUUCGUUCACCAAUCCCCGAUUCAUACUUCGAAUCCAUUCAAGACAGUUUUCGAUCUCUCUACGUCACCGAGAGUGGACGCGGGAUAGCAAUUGUAUUGACGAUUGGAGGAAUCCCAUAUCUUGACAAAAUUGCUGUGCAACAAGGAAGCCAAGGUGAUCAACUGGGAGAGCAAAUUUGGCAGGCACUCACAAAGGGUGAGCCGUCAUUGUUCUGGAGAUCGAGGUCUAGUAAUUCUGCGAAUAAUUGGUACUAUGACCGGGCCCACGGUGCUAUCAAGGAUCAGAAAUCGCCCUGGACUGUGUUCUGGUACAACGUUGACACUGACAAAAUCAUGGAGUGCGUGAAAAAAGCGAUUGGGUUGAAGCCAACAUUCAGUGUCUAGUAAUCUAGUCUAAAUGCCCUUCGAGAUGCUUCUGGACCUAAUUGCGAUGUAUUUGCGAUGUCCGCUACUACGUGCUCCGCGGCGCUCAACGUGCUCCACGUAGUGCUCCACAGGCCUAUAUACCAUAGGACAACCUCGGAAGCGAAACCUACUUCGCAUUCUACUUCAUGGUGACUUGUUUAGCACAUAUCAUCAUAAAUCACGAAGAAGUGAUUCUUAUUGCUCUACAUAUGAGGGAAAAUUCUGCCAAUUGUGAUGAAUCUGGAUUCACGUGCGUGGUUAAAAUUCAUGACGACCAACUCCCGGGUAGAUGGAAAUGGAGGUGAAUCUCUUCACGUCCACCGUAUAGAAUGCAUAACUUCCAUACAUCGCCCGAGACGCAUUUUGGGCAAGUACUGUGGUAUUCGAAUGUAUGUACUUGAAGUCGGAUUUUAGAAUUCGUCUUCAGACAAUUGGCGCAGCACUGGCCCCGCAUUCUUCGACCCAAACAGACGUACUACCCAAAACUCUACCAAGUGGCUGGCUACAAUUUCCACCACUCCGGAAGAAUAAGAAGUAUCUUUAUCGGCCUGCAUAGUUAUAUCAUAUGGAAUAUGGGGAGCCGGAUAUAAAGUUGAAAUGAUAUGCUAAGUGGUCUAUCUCGAUAUGCACUUCGGGAAAAUGUUAAUCAACGUAUGAGCGCAUCAGCAUGGUAGGAACAAACCAAGAGUAACUUGUAAAUACCCUUACUCACCUGUUUAUCGGGUCCUCGAAUUUUAUCGAAGAUAGUAUAUAGCGGUGCCAAUUCCAGAUUCCACGCAUCGUUGCACUCCUGACUCAGCACUCUUUUAUUUAAUUCGAUUCCAGCAAAUACUGGCUCCUUUUGCGACCUUUGACAGAAACUUUCAGACUUCGUGGCAGCUGCUGAGAUGUCUAGCGGUGAGUAGCGACUGUGGUAUAACUGCUGUACAAAGUCCUUGCGAAGUCCUGCAUAUUAAAUAUCGAGAUGAUGGUCAAAUCGGUGGUCAGUCACGAAGGUCAUGUUUUGGUUUAAGGAGAUGUGUAAUAAACAUCUUUCCCUGUAGAAAUGGACCAGGUUCAGAAAAUGGCACUUUCAAUGUGUGCACCAUACCCAAGCCUGCUAUUAGCUGUGCUACAAAGUCUACGACCAAUUCUUUCUUUCUUUUGACAUUCUUAUGUGUCCGGACGGCGGCCAGCUUAUCAAUCUUGUGGUUGAAUAUACUCGCAGCGUAGAAUUUCAGGAUCGAUUCUGAAAAGCAGUUCACAGACACCGAAGUUGUCAAGGCUUCGACGUGAUGAAACCAGAAGGAUGGUAUGUACACCGCAUCACCUACAGAAUUAUAUUGUGAGCGUGAAAAUGUAAAUAUUCAAGUCCUAUUUUGUCUUGAGAUAUAGCAGAUACCUUAAUGAUAUUCAGUUGUUUCUGAUUGAGAGAUUAUAGAUGAAAGACUGCGUGCACUUCACUAAACUAGGAGGACGGCGAGGCGAAUAGGCGUAGUACAAUUUUCCGCGUUGGACCAUACGAUAUCAAGAAUCCACUGGUAUCCAAGUUUUACCUGGAUUUAAAAUGACGGUUUGCCAUUUCUCUGCACUCGCAAAACCGGGAAAUUGCAAGAGGUUGGGUUGAUCAAAGUCCACCUGUGACAAAAGUAUAGUAUAUGAAUAACGUCAGUGUGAGCUACAUUUUGUACUACAUUGUGUACGCACACAUCCGAAAAAUCGCUAUUAAUGUGUGGGCAUCUAACGAUAACAUUUAUAAAGGAUCUUGAAACUUUCUAUAGAAUUACCAAUGUACCGCUCCCUUGUCGAUGUAGGCAAUUUCCUGUAUCUGAUCAAUACCCAAAUAUAUUUUUAACACCAGGGCGUUAUAUAUGCGCAGAUAUACCUUUAUUGACACAUACAUAGGGAUAAAGAAUUGGAUUAUUGGUCUUCUGAAAGAAACAUACAAUUGUGGAAUUAUUGUAUCCAUACAACAACAUCAAGGGUGCACGCGUACAAACUCGGAGUCGUCUAUUCGAAAUAUGGAAGUGUCCCAAUCAACAAUUGCUACACAUGCUUGAAUUCGUACACUUUUCAAACGCAUACCUGGGACUUUCGCGACCGCGG